UUGUCACGGAAUUUAGUUGGAAGUUGGUACUCCAACUUAUUAGAAAGUGUAAGUUCGAUUUAGUCCACUAGGGGAAAAUGCAGCUCCAAUCCAUUGCAGCAGCGUUAGUUGUUCUUGUUGUUUUUCUACAAGAUGCAAGGGCAUCAUUAAAGCCUGGUGAAUGUGAAGUAUGUGUGAAAUUCUUGAACAAAUUUGAAGAGAAACUCACUGAGGAGGAUAGAAAAGAUAAUAAUGUAUUAACUGAAAAACUAAAGAAAGUUUGUAAGAAGGCAAAGGGUAAAGAAAACAGAUUUUGCUACUAUGUUGGUGGAACACCAGAUGCUGCCACAUACAUUCUCAAUGAAAUCACAAAGCCAUUGUCCUACUUCAUGAAGGCAGAAGCAAUUUGUGAGAAGUUAAAGAGAAAAGAUAGGCAAAUUUGUGAACUGCAGUAUGACAAGGAAAUCGACUGGAAAACUGUAGAUUUGAAGAAGAUGAGGGUUAAACAGCUAAAGAAGAUUCUUAGUGAUUGGGAUGAGACAUGUGAUGGCUGCUUAGAAAAAUCUGAUUAUGUUAGAAGGAUUGAAAGCCUGAAAAACCAACAUGUUGAAUUAUAGCUCUCUAAAAACUUUUAGGGUAGUUUAUAUUUGAAAGAUUAUUUAAAGGGUUCUAUCCUGAACCCGUAUAAAAUCAUUUUUUCUUAUAUCAAUGGUUGUCACAGAUAACAAGUGUUGAGGUUAUGUUUUUCAUAAGUCAUGUCAGUGUAAAUUGCAUGUUCAAAUAUUGCAUGUUUUUUAGCUAUUUGGAAAUUUAUCUCUGUCAAAACACUAAACCAA